UCAGCGGGGAGCGACAGACGGCGGGGCGAGAGUGGGAAGGUGCGAGCCACCGGGCGGAGAAGAAAAGAGGGAGGGCGACGAGGAAGAGGGCAAGGAAAGGGGGGAGAAGGACUGGCCGGCGGACCGUCCGCUGCCUUCCGCGUGCCGCCGCCGCCGGGCCCGUCAGCUCGGCCCUGCCUUCCGCGCGCGCCGCCCUGAGGGAGCCCCAGUCGCCCGGCGGGACCAUGGCCACCGGAUCUCAUACCAAUAUGAUUUCAGCACAGCAGCCUCCAGGUGGACGGGGACCAUAUGUGGAGAUAAUUGAACAACCCAGGCAAAGGGGCAUGCGCUUCCGAUAUAAAUGUGAAGGGCGGUCAGCAGGAAGCAUUCCAGGGGAACACAGCACUGACAGUAAUCGAACAUACCCUUCCAUACAGAUUAUGAACAGCUAUGGAAGAGGAAAGGGAAAAGUGAGAAUCACUUUAGUAACGAAGAAUGAGCCAUACAAACCUCAUCCUCAUGAUCUAGUUGGAAAAGACUGCAGAGAUGGCUACUACGAAGCAGAGUUUGGGCAGGAUCGCAGAGCUUUAUGUUUUCAAAACUUGGGUAUUCGGUGUGUGAAAAAAAAAGAAGUGAAAGAAGCCAUCAUUUCACGAAUUGCAACAGAAAUCAAUCCUUUCAAUGUCCCUGAAGAACAGCUACUUAACAUUGAAGACUGUGAUCUCAAUGUGGUGAGACUGUGUUUUCAAGUUUUCCUUCUUGAUGAACAUGGCAAUUUAACUUCUGCUCUUCCUCCAGUGGUGUCCAACCCAAUUUAUGAUAACCGUGCUCCCAACACUGCGGAAUUGAGGAUUUGCCGUGUAAACAGGAACUGUGGAAGUGUCAGAGGAGGCGAUGAAAUAUUUUUGCUUUGUGAUAAGGUUCAGAAAGAUGACAUAGAAGUUCGAUUUGUUUUGAAUGAUUGGGAAGCUAAAGGUAGCUUUUCACAAGCAGAUGUUCACCGCCAAGUAGCCAUUGUAUUUAGGACUCCACCGUAUAAUAAAGUUAUAACUGAACCAGUUACAGUAAAAAUGCAGUUACGAAGACCUUCUGACCAAGAAGUUAGUGACCCCAUGGAUUUCAGAUAUUUGCCUGAUGAAAAAGAUCCUUAUGGUAAUAAAGCAAAGAAACAAAGGACACCUUUAACUUUACAGAAGCUCCUUCACAGUUAUGGUCCAAGUAUUUCAGAAAGACCUAAAGCUUGUCCUCCACGACCUCCUGGAGAUCUUACUGGAGUAAGAAUGAUAAAGAAAGAACCCAAUUUGAUUUCUCAAGUUGCACCUCUGACAGAAAUGCACAGAACUUCUUCAGGAACGACCAAUCAAAUUGCAUCUUAUUAUCCUCCAUCUAUCAGCAACCCAAAUACAAUUUCACAUCAUGCCUCAAAUAUUCGCCCCCUGAUCCACGGAUCUUCUUCCAACUGGUCUUCACUGACUCUCCCAGUGACACCACCCAACAGUUUUUCUUCAGCUACCCUUCAUCCUAAUUCCCAAGGUCACCAGUCAUUUCCAGAAAUGUCUAAUCACCUGAGUAGUGUAGGUUCAAAUCCUUGCCUCUAUAUGGACACAAACGGAACAGAUGGAAUUGGGAAUUUGCCGAUCCCACAGACUGACGUGUUCAGUGCUUCUAACUCCACCAUGCUACCGAAUCAUCCCAUGAAUAGCACAGCUCCUAGUAAUGAUGGCGAUAUGGAGACUGAUGAUCUAAGAUUUUUGAGCAUGAACCUAGAACCUCAGUCAUAUCCAAUGUUAAGUACCAAGGACUACAGAAGACAGAUGCACCAGAUGCCGUCUACCAGUGUAUCAACUCAUGGUUCGUGUGCUGCCCCUUUUGUUUCACAGUCAGAAGCAUUUGAUUCAGUCAACCUCAGCUGCCUGAAUAGUAGCAUACUGAAUGAAUCGCCUGCCUCAAAUCACCCUAAUCCAAAUAAUCACAGUUAUGAUCAGAGUAAUCAGUAUUAUGUUACAGAUGGGCUGCAAAGUGAGGAUCAUUAUAAUUCCUUUGAAGUCAAUUUAGACUUCUUUAAUUCAUAAGUUGUCUGACCAGAAAUGGAGUUCGACCUGCAGGAUGUGUGUUUUGUAGCUAUUUUGAUAUUAAAUCUAUAUUGCUAUAAGAAGCUAAUUUUUUAUUUUUCAGAUUCUCAAGGCAUUGUAUCUUCCAGAUGUAUCAUAAAAGGAUUAAAUUAA